AUGCCCCCAAAGGCCAGUGCAACUCGCAAGCACACGAAGAUCACGAAAAAGCGUCCCUCGCGCAAGAAUGCGAAGGCAAUAAAAAAACCAGGGAAAAAUUCGGGUUUAAACCCGUCUUUGAAUUCAGAUGCAAGCCAGAUCGGUGUCCGUGUCGAACAACCUCAAGGUCCGGCAUCAUACCAGCAACUAAUUUUGUUAAUCGAAUCCGAAGGCAUGGACGAGGAUGAGGACGAUGAGGACGAGGAUGAUGAGAUGGAGGAGGAAGAUGAUAUGGAGGAAGUCAAUAUGGAGGAAGCCGAUGAACAUCUCGCACAACCAGGUCCGUCACACGACUACUACUCAUCGUCCAUGCAGCCAGCUCCACCGCCGGACUCCCGGCAGCUCCCUCGACAACAUCUUGGGCAACCAGGCCCGUCGCACGACUACCACCCACCGUUCAUGCAGCCAGCUCCACCGCCGGACUCCCGGCAGCUCCCUCAGCAACAUCUUGGGCAACCAGGCCCGUCGCACGACUACCGCCCACCAUUCAUGCAGCCAGCUCCACCGCCGGACCCCCGGCAGAUCCCUCGACAACAUCUUGGGCAACCAGGCCCGUCGCACGACUACCGCCCACCGUUCAUGCAGCCAGCUCCACCUCCGGACCCCCGGCAGAUCCCUCGGCAACAUCUUGGGCGACCAGGCCCGUCGCACGACUACCGCCCACCAUUCAUGCAGCCAGCUCCACCUCCGGACCCCCGGCAGCUCCCUCGGCAACAUCUUGGGCAACCAGGCCCGUCGCACGACUACCGCCCACCGUUCAUGCAGCCAGCUCCACCGCCGGACCCCCGGCAGAUCCCUCGACAACAUCUUGGGCAACCAGGCCCGUCGCACGACUACCGCCCACCGUUCAUGCAGCCAGCUCCACCGCCAGACUCCCGGCAGCUCCAACAGCAACCAGCCCCUCAUGCUCACACUUACGGGCUCCCACAGAUGCCAUUCGCACCACCGGAACUCGUGUCUCGUGAGGCACAUCAAUUUGAUGUGCCCACACCGACAACCUUCAGGAAUAUCGGACACAUGCAAGAGCCGCAGAGGGAGGAAGAACGGACACGUUAUCUGGGACGCUUACCCAUCGACCUGCCCGGAAUUCGGAAGGUAUUCGUAUACGAUCCUCGCCGCCCACCCGAAGGCCACCGGGGACAACUGUUCCCAACCGGAGUUAUCAGAGCUACAGGAGACAUCACUGUUACUGCACCACUCCCGUCUCGCAGAGAGCUGCCUCCGGUGUCUACUCCUCCCUCGCCUAUCACUAAUUUGCCUGUGGCUGGCUCCGGGCCUGUGGCCAACAGUCCUGCACGCUCCCAUCCCUAUGCUCCCCAACGUCCGACUAAUGAGCAGUUCAAGAAAUUGAUGGAAGCCGCGAAGUCUAAUAUGCGCCGCAAGGUGUUACUAGAGAACGCUAUGCCCGAAACGGGCGUCAACACAGCGAUGGCGGAGGCAGCGCUGUCGGCAGCUCGCCAGGACUUCAUGCCUGACGCGGAGGUUCCCAACUACGAAACCUGUCUUAAGAGCCUCCGAACCCUCACAACGACCAUACGAACGGCCUUCAAAACGAGGGCGCGCCGCGAAGUCCCAGUCCAUUAUGAUCUUAACCGUCCGUUGGACGCAAAUGCGGAGAUCGCGCACAGGAAACAACGUGUACCGAUACUCGUUGAGAAUCACGCGUACUUGUUUUUGCACGAAAUGAAUGAUCUGGACUCGCUGGCCCCAGUCAAUCAUCCUGGCGUACACGCCGUCAUCGUUGCAGCUGUGUGGGAAACCGGCUUCCACACAGAGCUUGACAUAGACGACGUGGACGCUCUCGACAAUCUGAUUUCACUCGGCGGCGCUGCAACACAUUCAGUCCUCAUGGAGCAUCUCAACGGGAGACGUCAGACGGUGGAGUUUUCAGCAUCUUCGUCAUCUGGAGCAGAGUAUCGUUUCAUUCAACAACACAAUCUCACCAUUCGUAACGUUCCUGCAGUAUAUCACGCUUCCAUUUCUUUAAAGAAAGAUUUAGUUGAACGAGGUAUAUCUACUAUCAGUACGGCUAGUAUGUCUGAUGAUCUGUAG